UGGUUCCAUGUGCCAGUCUGCACAUUUUCCCCCUCCAACCAACCAAAACCAAGUGAAAUGCCCAAAUCCAACCCCAUCUUUCCCUGCUCAUCAAAUGCUUACUUGUCCCUCUUCAUCUUCACUCUCUACACCAUGACAAGAACCAAGAGAAAAAGAAGAAAACAACAACAUAAAGAGCACUAGAAAUAAAUACUAGUAUGUCAAAAUGUACUGUACUAUUACCUCAAAUAUCACAAAACUCACCACAACUCACCUCACAUUUUCUGUCUUUAACAAAGACAACCAAAAACCAUCCCUGCCAAUCUACCAUACCAAUUCUGAUUCCUGAGCCCAUUUCUGAGCGCAAACCAGAGCAUAGUACUAAAAGUGAAAGUGCAAAAGAGGAAAGGAAAAGAUGUGUUAUGUGGGGAAGGCAACCAAGAUCUUCAUCUUCAUUAUCACAGUUCUUGUUGUGACUGGACUCAUCUUGGGAUUUGGGCUUCUUAGGCAUGGCAAUCACAAGUCCCACAACAGCAAAUGUUCUGGUGAUGCUUGUUACCAAUCUCCAGUGGUGCCUAACCCCAGUCCACCAAGCUCGUCUCUUACAAGUCCUACUCCAAAUCCUAAUCCUAAUCCUAGUCCUAGCGAAAGUUCAGUACCACCACCACCACCACCAGCAGGAGGAGGAGGACUAGCACCGCCUGCGGGUGGUGAAAUUCCUAGCCCACAAAAUCCCUCUACAUCAGUACCACCACCACCACCACCACCACCAUUACCAGCACCAACACCUCCAGUACCUCCAGUUCCACCAUUAUCUUCGCCACCUCCGCCGCCUCCACCGCCAUUGGUUUCACAAGCUCCACCACCAGCAUUGAGCCCUCCAAGUCCAGCCUUGGUUACACCAGGAUACGGGGCACAAACGGUUGCAGAUAGUGGUGGGCCCCACACUUGGCGCGGAAAUCGAGUUACAUGGUGUAAUCUCAGCCGCACAAAAUUUUGAGGGCAAAUCUUGGCCCUUAACCGUGCAUGGAUACUGAUGACCGUCCCUGCCCCAAAUCCUGGAAAACAACUUACGCAAUAGAUUUUCUGAAGUUAUUUUUCCCAACUACCGUGAGUUAUGAACCUAACAUACCAAACUACCUAUUCGUAGGGGGGUAACGGGGA